AUGAUGGUUUUAAUAUUAGCUCAUUGUCUACAACUGGUGGUGGUUCAGGUGACUCUCCUUCUUGCUGAUAGUUUGCAAAAGCUUUCCAUGUUGCAGUCAAUCAAACUUGAUGGUUGCCCGGUUACAUGCUCUGGGCUAAAAGCCCUUGGAAACUGGUGUGUAUCACUGAGAGAGCUAAGCUUAAGUAAAUGCUUGGGAGUGACAGAUGAAGGUCUCUCCUCCCUGGUAACAAAGCACAAAGACUUGAGGAAGCUAGACAUUACAUGUUGCCGCAAGAUUACUCAUGUCUCAAUUUCCCACAUUGCAAAUUCUUGUGCCUUCCUCACUUCCCUCGGGAUGGAGUCAUGCAGCCUGGUUCCAAGAGAAGCUUUUGUUUUGAUUGGAGAGCGAUGCCUGUUUCUUGAGGAGCUUGACCUUACAGAUAAUGAAAUUGACAAUGAAGGUUUACCCUUUUUGCCUAACUCGGGAUAA